GCCCAGGAGCCACACCCUGAAACUACCUGUGCGCGACAGGAAGGGCCCGGCAGAGCCUCGGCGGCCGGAGCGCUGGGCCUGAGACCGGAACCAGGCCCGCCCCGCGCCCCGGCCCCGCGGCGAUGGCCUGAGCCACACGGCCUUCGGGACCAUGAAGAGCGAGCGGGCGCGCAGGGGCCCAGGCGGCUCCGGGGGCCUCGGCGCGGGACUCAAGUACACCUCGCGGCCGGAGAACAUGAAUGGCUUUGAGGAAGGCGUGGAGUUCCUGCCGGCCAACAACGCCAGGAAGGUGGAGAAGGGCGGCCCGCGGCGGUGGGUGGUGCCCGUAGCCGUGCUGGCUGGCCUCCUGGUGCUGUCCCUCAUGGCGGGGCUCCUGGCGUGGCACUUCCAGUACCGGAACGUGCGGGUUCAGAAGGUCUUCAAUGGCUACCUGAGGAUCACGAACGAGAACUUCCUGGAUGCCUAUGAGAACUCCAGCUCCACUGAGUUUGCAAACCUGGCCAAGAAGGUGAAGGAAGCGCUGAAGCUCUUAUACAGCGGGAUCCCUGUCCUGGGCCCCUACUACAGGAAGUCAGCUGUGACCGCCUUCAGCGAGGGCAGCAUCAUCGCCUACUACUGGUCGGAGUUCAGCAUCCCCCAGUACCUGGUGCAGGAGGCCGAGCAGGCCAUGGCGCAGGAACACGUGGUCACGCUGCCGCCCCGAGCCCGCGCCGUGAGCUCCUUCGUGCUGACCUCAGUGGUGGCCUUCCCCACUGACCCCAGAACAGUACAGAGCACCCAGGACAACAGCUGCAGCUUUGCCCUGCACGCCCGUGGCAGCGAGCCGACCCGCUUCACCACGCCCGGCUUCCCCGACAGCCCCUACCCGUCUCACGCCCGCUGCCAGUGGACCCUGCGGGGGGACGCUGACUCCACACUGAGCCUCACCUUCCGCAGCUUCGAUGUCGCGUCCUGUGAUGAAAGUGGCAGUGACCUGGUCACUGUGUAUGACACCCUGAGCCCCGUGGAACCCCGGGCUGUGGUGCAGCUGUGUGGCUCAUACCCUCCCUCCUACAACCUGACCUUCCUCUCCUCCCAGAACGUCCUGCUCGUCACGCUGGUGACCAACACCGAGCGCCGACACCCCGGCUUCGAGGCCACGGUCUUCCAGUUGCCUCGGAUGAGCAGCUGUGGAGGCGACUUGCAUGCAGCCCAGGGCACAUUUAGCAGCCCCUACUAUCCAGCCCACUACCCGCCCAACAUCAACUGCACCUGGAACAUCGAGGUGCCCGACAACCAAAAUGUGAAGGUGCACUUCAAAGCCUUCUUCUUGCUGGAGCCCAACGUCCCCCUGGGCUCCUGCUCCAAGGACUACGUGGAGAUCAACGGGGAGAGGUACUGUGGAGAGAGGCCCCAGUUUGUCGUGAGCAGCGGCAGCAGCAAGAUCACCGUCCACUUCCACUCGGACCAGUCCUACACGGACACCGGGUUCCUGGCCGAGUACCUGUCCUACGACGCCAGUGACCCGUGCCCGGGCAGGUUCAUGUGUAACACAGGGCGGUGUAUCCAGGAGGAGCUGCGCUGUGACGGCUGGGCUGACUGCACCGACCACAGCGACGAGCUCCACUGCCAAUGCAACGCCACCUACCAGUUCACGUGCACGGACAAGCUCUGCAAGCCCCUCUUCUGGGUCUGUGACUCCGUGAAGGACUGCGAGGACGGCAGUGAUGAGCAGGGCUGCAGCUGCCCGCCCGAGACCUUCAGGUGUAACAACGGGAAGUGCCUCCCGCAGAGCCAGCAGUGUGACGGGAAGGACAACUGUGGGGACGGGUCCGAUGAGGCCAAGUGCGACCACGUGAGCACCGUCACCUGCACCAAACACACCUACCGCUGCCUCGAUGGGCUCUGUGUGAGCAAGGGCAACCCCGAGUGUGACGGGAAGAAGGACUGUAUCGAUGGCUCGGAUGAGAAGGACUGUGGUGAGCAGGGCUGCCGCAUACAGUUGUGCAGGUUGUUCAUUGUGCAAGGCGCAUACGGAGACUGUGGUCUGCGGUCAUUCUCCAGGCAGUCUCGGGUUGUCGGGGGUGAGAACGCGGACGAAGGUGAGUGGCCCUGGCAGGUGAGCCUCCACGCCCGGGGCCAGGGCCACGUGUGUGGCGCUUCCCUCAUCUCCCCCAGCUGGAUGGUGUCUGCUGCCCACUGCUUCGUCAGCCACAGAGGAUUCAGGUACUCUGACCACAGCAUGUGGACCGCCUUCCUGGGCCUGCACGACCAGAGCAAGCGCAGCGCCCCCGGGGUGCAGGAGCGCCGGCUGCAGCGCGUCAUCUCCCACCCCUUCUUCAACGACUUCACCUUUGACUACGACAUCGCGCUGCUGCAGCUGGAGCAGCCGGCCGAGUACAGCGCUACCGUGCGGCCCAUCUGCCUGCCGGACGCCGCGCAUGCCUUCCCCGCCGGCAAGGCCAUCUGGGUCACCGGCUGGGGCCACACGCAGGAGGGAGGCACCAGGGCGCUGAUCCUGCAGAAGGGCGAGAUCCGCGUCAUCAACCAGACCACGUGCGAGCGCCUGCUGCCGCAGCAGAUCACCGCGCGCAUGAUGUGCGUGGGCUACCUCAGCGGCGGCGUGGACGCCUGCCAGGGCGAUUCCGGGGGCCCGCUGUCCAGCCCGGAGGCCGAUGGGCGGAUGUUCCAGGCCGGCGUGGUGAGCUGGGGCGACGGCUGCGCGCAGAGGGACAAGCCAGGCGUGUACACGAGGCUCUCCGUGUUUCGGGACUGGAUUAAACAGCAGACCGGGGUGUAGCGGCGAGGUGCCACCCCAGGUGCGCACGUGCGGGCUGAGGACGGGAUUGCUGCCCGGACCCCCGGCUUGGCCCCCGGAACCCAGACUGGGACCUGAUCCCCGAGCCUCUGGAGAUGGAGACUCGCCCGCAGGCCUCUCACCCACCCCACACCCCCAGCUUCCCAAGCGCGUUCGGGGAGGGGAGGGGAGGACGCCUGGCAGUGCCAGGCCGGAGGUUUGAAGACACAGCCUUUCGGCCCUGGCGCCACGCUGGGCCGGAGGCCCUUUUCCUCGGAUACAGGGAAGGCUGGCUUCGUCUGCCUCAGAUAUAGGACCAGCUCUUGUUUGGACUUUGGGGCCCCUUGGGCGGGGCUGGUGGGACACCACGGGCUCCCAGGGUCGCCUGCUUCAGGAAAUCCAGGCCUGAGGGACCUGGAAGUCAGCCGGGUCCAGGGUUCGAAUGUUUUGCCGGCUCCCAGGGCGGGGUUCAGUGUGUAUAUUUGUGUGUAUGAGUAAAACACUUUAUUUCUUUUUAGGUAA